GCAUGAAGAAUAAACUCAACUUGUCUUCCAUUUCAAACACUGUUGCCUAGUUUUUCCUUUCGUUCUUCCUAGAACCACACGAGAAGGAGAUAUUUGUUUUUCUUCUUCCUUUCCUGUUUCGUCUGCUCCGCUUCUUCUUCCUCGUUCACGAUGUCGUCUAACCCAAGGCAAUCGCAGACACGGAUGGCAAAGAUUUCCGCGCACGUUGCGCCUACGUUGGGCUACAAGUACGACGUGUUCUUGAGCUUCCGAGGGCCCGACACUCGCCGCACGGUUGCAGAUGUCAUCUACGAAAGCUUAGUCGACGCUGGAAUUAGUGUCUUCAGAGACAAUGAAGAGCUUCGCAAAGGCGGGAAUAUCGGGCCUGAGCUCAAGCGCGCGAUCGACGACUCGAGGAUCCAUGUGCCCAUCUUCUCGGAAGGCUACGCAUCCAGCGCGUGGUGCCUCCAGGAGCUCGCGCGAAUGGUGAGGCGCCAGAGGGAAUCCGCGGGGCACGAAAUCGUGCCCGUAUUCUACGGCGUGAGUCCUUCGGACGUCAGGCUCAAGAGGGGUUCGUACGGCGAGGACCUGCUUUGGCACGAGGGGCGUUACGGCGAGGAGACGGUGCGAGAGUGGAGGGAGGCUCUAAUGGAGGUCGCAGAUCUCAAAGGAUGGGACGCACGAAACGCACCGCUUGGUAAACUUAUUAAAGAUUUUGUUCGAGACGUUUUUAUUAAACUGAAGAAGAGACAAAAGGUUCUACCUGAUCAUUUAGUUGGAAUUGAUGAUCGAGUCAAAGACGUGAUGCAGUUGUUGGACUGCGGCUCCCUGGGCGUACGAUUUCUUCUUGUGCACGGGAUGGGAGGAAUCGGCAAGACAACUCUUGCCAAGGUGGUUUUCAACGAGAUCGCUCCUCUGUUUGAUGGUUGUAGCUUCCUUUCAGACAUUGCAGGAACUUCACAAAUAGGUGGCAUCGUAAAGUUGCAGAACCAGCUGUUAUCCGAUAUCCUGAAGAGGUCCAUAGAUGUCCAUGACGUCGACGAUGGUGUCCACAUGAUACGAGAGAGAUUUCGCAACAAGAGGGUCCUCAUUAUUCUUGACGAUGUGGAUAAUAGAGAGCAGCUCACGGAAUUGACGGGGAUCAGUGACUGGCUUGGCCCUGGAAGCAGGAUUAUUGUCACAACUAGGAAUGUGGGUGUUUCGCCAGCUGGAGACAUAGGACAACAUAAUAACGUCCCAUUUCCUCCUAAAGGUUAUUAUGCUUAUGAGAUGAUGCCAAUGAAUCCUUGCCAUGCUCUUCAACUUUUCAGUAAGCAUGCCUUCGGAGAAACCCUACCUCCAGAUGAUCUCGAAACUCUUUCCAGUGAUAUUGUGGCCACUACCGGAGGAAUUCCUUUGGCCCUUGAAGCUUCGGGGUCAUUCCUCCGCAGCAAAAGCCUCGAGAUAUGGACAGAAACAUUGGAGCGUUUGAGGAAAGUACCUGAUAGGAGAGUCCAAGAUACGUUAAGGAUAAGUUACGAGGCAUUAAGCAUUGAGGAGAAGCAAAUUUUCUUAGACAUUGCAUGCUUUUUCAACGGGUUAGAGAGCACAUCCGCAAUAUAUGUGUGGAAAGAUUUUGGUUAUUUCCCUGAAAGCGGACUUGCUACUCUCGCUGAUAUGUCUCUGUUGAAGAUAGACCAUCACAAUAUUUUCAGGAUGCAUGAUGUGAUCAGAGAUUUUGGAAUGGAAAUUGUUCGAGAGGAAAAUCAUCUGAAUCCAGGAAGUCAAAGCAGGUGGUGGGAACCUGAGGAAUGCCUUCGCAUACUUCGUGAACCGAUUGAUUACCAGAGAAAGAGAAAUGUGACAUCACUUUGGCUACAAUUCCCUGAGGUACAGAAGAUCACAAGUCAAGAACUUGCUUCUCUGCCAAACCUAAGGUUUCUUCGUCUUAAGCGGGUGACCAUCAUUGGAGAUUGUGGUAAUCUUCUCCCAGAAUUGAGAUGGCUAUCUUGGCAUGAUUGUCCUGCAGACUUUAGUGCGACCAAUUUCUCUCCAAGAAAUCUAGCCGUUCUCAAGCUUUCUGGUAGUGAACUUGGAGAUGAUUGGCCCGGAUGGCACCAAUUCACGAAAUCAUGUGAGUUGAAAUUUCUGGAACUUGGAGAAUGCAGCCGCUUAACUAGAUUGCCCGAUCUCUCUGCCAUCAGGACAUUGGAAAGAUUGACUCUUCGAGAUUGCCCAAGCUUGGAUCAAAUUGACGAAUCAAUUGGUAAGCUGACACGCCUGAGUUGCUUGAAAGUAUAUAAUUGCAAAGCUCUGAGAGAGUUGCCCAAAGAAGUAGGUUGUCUAAAUUCUUUGAAAGAGCUAAUUGUGAGAGGGACAAUACAUGGUCCUGUUGGUUCGUAUCUUCCCCACUCGAUUGGUAAUCUACAGUCUUUGACAAGGCUAGAGAUGGAAAGUGUCGGAAUUAGCAAACUUCCUCACUCAAUUGGAGAGCUAAAGGAUCUUCAAAGCUUGUGCUUGUCCCGAUGUUAUGUGCUACGAAAGCUUCCAGACUCAAUUGGGGGAUUGGAAUCGCUAUUUGAGUUGGAUUUGUCAUAUACGAAAGUAACAGAAUUACCCGAUUCAAUUGGAAACCUAAGGAAGUUGAAAGUGAUAAGGAUAGAUCAUAGUGAGAUAAGCAAGAUUCCAUCAACUAUAGGUAUGGCGGAGAAGCUUGAAGAAUUUCAUGCCGAAAAAUGUGUGAAUUUGGAGGGAGAUAUUCCUAGUGAAAUUGGUAGUCUGUCCUCACUAAAAAUCCUGAAUUUGUCUCACACUUGCAUUCGAUCUGUGCCAACAACAAUCAACCAGCUUUCUCGUCUCCAAGAACUUCAUUUGGAAGGUUGCCAUGAGCUUAAACGAGUCCCAGAGCUUCCCCCCAGUUUGAUUAACCUCUAUGUCGAGUCUCGCUCACUAAAGACAGUCCCAAACCUCUCAAACCUUACCAAUUUAGUCAAUCUAAUAGUAUCCGACUACAUUGAGGAAUCUCUUUCUAACCCAUGGGAUGCCAAAUCUAUCCAAACUCCAAACCUUAAGUGGGUUGGGAGGUUGUCUAGACUGGAGACGCUGAAACUGGUUCAUAAGAGCAUCAUUGCACCACCGACCGAGCUUGCUUCCCUUCCUGGCCUGAAGCAACUAGUUCUGUCUUGUUUUGACCUGCAAUCCCUCACUCAGCCGCUUCCUUCCACGCUGUCCAUGUUGAAGCUUAUAAACUUCAACUCAUUGGCUGAAUUCUCGCGCAGUUCGUACUUGAAAAAUUUGUCAAGUUUAGAGCUACGUAAAUCAUGGCUGAUGGAAAUUCCACUCAAUAGUUUUGGACAAUUGGAGAAUCUGAGGGAACUCAUUCUGUCGAACUGCGUAUUUCUUGUGCGGUUGUCCUCUUUGCCGGGCUUGAAGAAGCUCAGAGUGUUGCGCUUGUUGAACUGCCCGAAGCUAGUUGAGAUCCAAGGUCUCGUCAAACUGGAAUCGUUGGAAAGUAUAAGGAUUGGCCAGUGCAAUUCCCUAGUAAGGUUGCCUAAUCUCUUGAAGUUGAAGAAGUUGAGGACCAUGGAAUUUUUAUUCUGCAGAUCAUUAGUGAGUUUGCCUUCUCUAUCUCAAUUAGCUUUGGAAGAUUGUCAUCUAGUAGUCGACAGAUGCGAUAAGCUAUCCAACUACAAUGGCCCUUGCUGGCUUUACAAAGACAAAAGGAAAUGUCCAAACCCCCAUUCUCGCCUAUGAGCAGGAGAUAGGGAACACUCGCAUUGUCCUGUUUUCAUGUAGUUUCCCCGAGAAUGAGACUGCUUGGUCGGAGAGGAUUUGCUUGUACUUUCUGUUUCCUUUUUUUCCCAGGUCGUGUUAUUCUUUCUUCUCAACUUUCCAGUUAGCAUACUCUGGAUUUGUAAAGACAAGACAUAUGCAUAAGCAGUCUAGUAGUCUCUCUCUUUGGUCUCCACCCUACUCUGAACUAACGCAGGAAGCUCGUUUGAUCGUGACUUGAUUCAUUUUCUUCUUUUAGAUAACUAGUAACUUGAAUUCAAUUAAAUGGCAUAAGCAUUUCCCAAAAAAAAAAAUGUAGGAAUGUAUCCUCCAAAUUCUCGAUUAGUUCCCUUUCUCCAAGAAAUAAAGCAUACUUCCGAUUGCUGGUUGUCCUGCAUUCCCCCAACCAAGUCUAACAAUGUUCGGUACAGCACAAUUUUCUUUAGUGCGCGAUGGAGUUCUGACUGCCAUUGAUGUUGGUGACCUAGUUAUAGCUUAUAAGUUGAACGGACAAUAUUAACAUGGUAGUUGGAUGUAAAUCGAAUAAUUAAACGGAUAGGAUUUGUUAUCCGCCAUGCGAAUGUAAUGACUGGUUAACUAAAACAAGUGCGACAGAGAAUUAGGAGACUUGUUGUGGAAAAUCUUGAGAUAUCAAUUGCCUGGGGUGAUUGUUCCCUUCAGUUAAUUGGUUCCUGAACCAACAAAGGAUCUUUCUUUUCUGAGGAACUAGUUUUAAUGAGUUGGCCAGUGGCCAUGGCGGAAAUUUCUUUGUAAGCAGGAAGGAUAUGCCAGAUUUGUUGACAUUUCCAGGUUAGAACGUAUCUUUCACUUCUACCAGAAAGGGAAACAAAAAAAGACUCCUCUUUUCAAUGAUUUCACUAGCCUAAAUGGAUGACGACGAACGACGCAGAACGUGAAUGUAGAGUCCUCGAGCAUCGUCUACACCAGGCAGGCAUCGGUUGCUGGGUAAUGUUCUACAUAACUUCCACGUCAAAAGUUAAUUUACUAGCCUAGUUGGUUGUAUCGCAAGCAAACCAGGUCUUAAUUGUAAGACGAAGGCUGAAUUUGCGAUGCGAAUUCGAUUAACGUACAAAGUCUUGAUCUAGUUAUAGAAGGUGUUAGCGUCCAAUGAUGGGGAAAGUAUAUUAGGCAUAUUACAUUUGAAUCGAAACACACAAGAUUGGUUGCUUGCUA